CAAAACCCCCUUCAGCUCUCAAACCGGCGUUCACCGAAGAGAAGUGCGAGAGAGAGAGGCCUCAGAGAUCAUAGUCGUCUUCUCUAAUUCUCGGACAUGGGUACUUUCAAGUUUCUACCAGAACCAGGUUGUUUGGAGGAAGCUCCCUACGGCAUUUGAUGAGCUCCCUAAGAUUUACGGAAUGAAACUCUGGGCAUAAUCCUUCAGCUCAGCUUUUGUGAUCCCAAAUCUUCAUCGGUGAAUUUUGCGUUAAACUUAAUAUUGUGAUUUUGCAGCUUUUUGAGCAGCUGAAAACAAAGAAAACGGGAUGGUCCUGUAGCAAAGCAACAUUGGGGCUCCUUCAUACAGCAGCUUCUAGCUCGCUACUUUUGUUUCUGAAUUCUGUUGAAUGCUUUGAGGAAACAAGUGAAUCCCAAAAUGCUGCAACCCCAAAUUGUACAAUCCCCAGCUAGGUUAGGCCUAACAAACCCCACUUCACCCUCUCUUCAAAACCCUACCCCUCCGAAACUCCCUUCACAGCAACCCAGUCUCUCCCCAACCCUUCUCUCUCUCCUUGCACCCCUCCCUAGAGCCCAAUCCCUUCUCAUCCAAAUGGCCUCCCUUGCCUCUAAACUCUUUGAAGUCUCACCGAAUCGAUCCCUUUGGCUCAAUGCAUUCCGUGGGUCCUUCCCGACCUUUCUUUCUUCCCAAUCCCAAUCACUGCCCUCAACUGCACCUGACUCUUCUCCUUCCUCCACCAAAGAGAUCCUCUCCCAGUUCACUGCCCUUCAAACCCAACUCUUUGAGGCUGUUGCUGAACUCCAAGAAAUUCUUGAUCUUCAGGAUGCUAAGCUGAAAAUUGCACGUGAAGUGCGGUCCAAGGAUGCUGCACUUCUUUCUUUUUCCAAGAAACUCAAGGAUGUCGAGCAGGUUCUUGAUAAUCUUGUUGAUGAUUACUCUGAUUUUAGCCGCCCCAAACGGACAAAACAGGAGGAUGGUGCAGAAGAUGAUUCUUCAUGCACCACGACAACUGUUGCAUCUCAGUUAAAUUUAUCAGAUAUUUUAUCAUAUGCCCACCGGAUAAGCUACACAACCUUUGCACCACCAGAAUUUGGGGCUGGACAAGCUCCUCUUCGCGGGGCACUCCCGCCGGCCCCACAGGAUGAGCAAAUGCGUGCUUCUCAGCUAUACAAUUUUGCAAACCUUGAUGUUGGUUUACCUAAGACAGUCGAGAGGGAGGAGGAAACAAUUCACACAAUAUUAGAGCCCCCACAUCCUGAGCCAACAGAAGCCAAUCAACUUCCCAAGCUGGGUGCACUUCAGGGUCUACUUCCUCCAAAUAUCACGGUUCCGUCAGGUUGGAUACCGGGGAUGCCUGUGGAGUUGCCAAGCGAUGUACCUGUGCCCCCACCGGGAUGGAAGCCUGGGGACCCAGUGCCUUUGCCCCCACUUGGAUCUGCUCCAGCUCCCAGGGUCGAAGAGCAACAAUUACGGCCUAAUGCUCAUCAACCAUUACAUAGAGCGCCAGCGACAAUACAGGUUCAGCAUGUUCAGCUGGAUAUUCCGGACCAAGAUGAUGAUAGUAGUGAUUAUACUAGCGAUGAUGCAAGCUCAGAAGAUGAGGAUUGACAGUCAGCUAUGGUAGUGCGGAGAAUUUUACGUGAUUUCCUUUCUGUCUUGAUGUAUAUGCAGCAACUUUGUAGUAUCAACUUGCAUUUCCUUUAAAUCAAUGUGGGCAUUUCCUUCUCA